AUGGAUACGAAAUGUUACUUUUCACUCUUAAAUAAAUUAAUUUUACUCGGUUUAAUCUUAACUUCGAGGGCACAACAAACACACAUUAAUUUAAAACAAGGAACAUUAGUUGGGUUAAAAGUUUUCCCAGAUUCUGCACGAUCAGCUGUCUAUGCUUUUCUUGGAGUACCAUAUGCAGAACCCCCAAUAGACGAGCUAAGAUUUUCUCCGCCAAAACCACACAAAGGUUGGAAUCGAACCCUACUAGCCAUGACUAUGAGGCCAAUAUGUCCCCAACUUUCGAAUACUAUAUACGAUGAGGCAGGGACAGAAGAACUUUUAGCACGUCCAUCUGAAACCAAUGAGGACUGUUUAUACUUAAAUAUUUGGGUUUCAGAGAAUGGGCUGCGUUACGGAAACUUACCAGUAUUGGUAAUUUUAACAGGAGAGGACAUGUCAUACGAUUGGCCUCGUAAUAGAAUCACUGGCUUAGAUAUUGCUGCGGAAGGAUUUGUUGUCAUAACAGUACAAUAUCGCACAAAUAUAUUCGGUUGGCUAAAUGUGCCGGGCAAUAGUGAAUUAAGUGGAAAUUAUGGACUUCAGGAUCAGUUCUUGGCACUUAAAUGGAUCGAAGAAAAUAUUAAAAGUCUUGGUGGCAAUUUAAAUCAAAUAACAUUACUGGGACAUGGAACCAGUGGAGCCCCGUGUGCUUUCUAUCAUUCUCUAUUAAACAAUGGAAUGUUGCAUUCGUCUACUCUCCCCUUUAACCAGCUGAUUCUGAUGUCUAGCGGAAAUAUAGAAGAAGCUUUACAACCGGUAGCUUUGGUACAGGAAGCAUCUAAGGUCAUAGUGAAAAAACUAGGCUGUCAAUUUGAGGAGUAUAAUACACAACUAAUGCAAUGUCUUCGAUCGAAAAGUGUGAGUGAUAUGUUAAAAGCAUUCGAAAGUGUUUAUGAUCAUGGUAAUGGUACUUAUAAAUUGGGCCCUACAUUAAGCAUAAAUUUAAAAGAUAUUUUGUCCAAUUCUACCAUCAUAAAUAGUUUUCCUACAACAAUAAUUGGCAUUACCUCGAAUGAAGGAGCUUUCAUGCAGGAUUAUUGGCUGGAAUUAGCUCGCGAGAGUUACUCAUCUUUGAAAACUUAUAUAAAUUAUACGUUAUUGAGAAAUGUGCUACCAGGACAAAGUCUGAACAAUAACAACAGUAGUAGUUAUCAUGCUUUAGAAGCCCUAAACUGGCGUUAUUUCAAUGAUAAUUUUGAAGAUAAUCCGAUUCAUUUGCUUGCAGCUUUACAAAGAUUUGUAUCGGAAUAUAAGUACGAAAUUCCAUUUUAUAAAUUACUCAAUAUUUUGUCCAACGCCACAUAUUCUCAAAACAAGUUAUAUGCGUAUAUAAAUGAUUUUACAAAUGCCAUGGAUAUUCGUGGAAAAAUCAAUUUAUUCGGUGGAUCAUCACAUACCUCCGAUUUGCCCCUUUUAUUUGGACCGACAUUAUUCCAACAAAUUGCACGACGACGGCUUAAUAUCGAGGAGGAAAAACUUUAUCGAAAAAUGAGAACACCUUUCAUAAAUUUCAUUAAGAACGGUAAUCCCACACCGGGUAGAGUUUACGACGGUUGGGUUCCGUAUACGAGUAAAAACAAAUAUAUAUAUGAUUUAGGAAAUACCUGGUCACCUGCUACAGAUGAUUCCCUUUUAUUGGACUCAAAAAGUGUUCAACAAAUCACACAACUUUUAGUUAAGGAUCAAAGUGUAUCAUCGACCCAUUCCAGGCCAAAUCGUAAUGAAUUCAGUAACUCUUAUCAGAUGCCUAAAAAUAAUAACCGUGCACCAAUAAACACACGCGUACGCAACUCUCCUUAUACUGCUCAUUUAAUGAAAGUAUAUGGAUUUUGGGAAGUUUUUCUACCUCAGGCCAUCUUAAAGGAUUAUUCCCAGCUCACCGAUGAUACGGCAAUUACACAACAUUUACUUUUCAUGGAGGCUUCAGCCGAUGCAGCUCGUUUUAAGCAUGGAUUUUUUGUAAUGUUGGGUCUUGUGCUUCUUCUGUUAACUCUGCUUUGCUUAUGUGUGUAUUUAUUACGCCGUGAUCCAUUGUCUCCUUCGCCUCAAUUUGAUUGUGGCUUAUGACAUAAGUGGCUUCUUCGGCCGUCGACAAUUUUCAAACGUUCCAGCAGCACGAAUUCAAAUACUAGAGUUGCUAAUGAAUUCAGACGUUCAACAGCGAGUAGCAACUGGAACAGUCGUCAGUCGAAACUAACAAACAAACAACAACAUCAUCAACACACCACAACAUCUCAGCCACAAGAUUUUAAAUAUCGUCCCAGACAACUAGAACACCCAACUAUUGAAGUGCCUAUAAAAAGCUCAAAGAAAACAUCUAAAUCAGGGAAGGAAUUCAUGGAUUUGGCGAAAAGUCCUAAUUUAUUGAAAACUAUUACUGAAUCCGUCGUAGUUCAUCAAAAUAUGAA